AUGGUGCGCAAAGGGAAAGUUGUUCAGCUGAAAAAAAGCACCAAACAGACCACACGCAAAUACACUUUAGAUGCAUCCGGUCCAGCAGGCGACCGGAUUUUUGAUCCUGCUGCAUUUGAAGCAUUUUUGCACGAACGCAUCAAAGUUGAUGGACAGACGGGUCGCCUAGGUGACAGCAUCGUUAUUACACGAGAAGGCCAGGGGAAGCUCUCAGUAGUGACACAUAGUUCAUUUUCCGGACGAUAUCUUAAAUAUUUAACAAAAAAGUUUCUUAAGAAACAUCAGCUUCGCGACUGGCUUCGUGUGGUUUCUACGACAAAGGGCACCUAUGAACUUCGAUUUUAUAAUGUUGUUGUCGAUUCAAACGAGGAUGCUUAG